AACCGUAAAGAACGGAAAAUAAUGUACGUUUACAAACUUGUGUUUGUUUUAAUACUGGCUAAAGCAACAGUAAAGGGCAAGAAAUGUACCUUGUAUAACGGGACAGAGAUCAACAAUGGCGACAAUUUUAACGAUGGCUGUAGAACAUGUAGCUGUUUAAAUAAUGGAAAUGUUUCAUGCAAGCCCACGCUAUGUCCAGAAUCCUCGAUCAUACCCAGCACAGCAGCUGCAUCAUCAACAUCGCCCUCAAACAACACCACAACACCGUCUUCGUCCACAUCUUCGACAUCUUCGACAACUGGCAAAACGUCAACAAGCGCUAAGUCUGAUGCAGCAUUUGCAGAUUCUUCACGCGCAACAGCGGCCGGAGUCUCAGUUGCGGUCGCACUGGCUGUUGCAGCUGUUGUGAUCCUUUUUUUCCUUAGAAAGAAGAAAAAAGUGUGCUUCGCAGUCACAAAGGGUUCGAAAUUGGAAAAUCCUAACGACAAUCACCAUAUAUCUUUAGCGAGGAAAGAAUCCGAACCAAACGCAAACUACCACAGUCCACUAUCACUUAAAGAAUUGGAGGCUCACAGAUACAGUGUCAUAGCAACAGGUGUCAUAGCAACAGACGGAUUUGAACAGCAGAAAAACGCUAUAACGCCAGAGACUGCAGACGUUCAUGGGUACUUUGUUCUAGAGGAACAUAAAUCCGGUAUUGGAAACGGCAUUUCUAUUAACGAAAUCCAACCAUCCUUGGUUCUGGAAAAACAAGGCUGUCAACCGGCUAAAACAACGCAUUCAAAUUCAAAUAACUCAUCACCAAUAAAUAAAAGGAAUUCACUUUACUUGGAGAACGAUAAUGUAGAUAUGUAUCAAGAGAUAGAUUCAAAUGACACAUACGCGGACAUUGAUGAUUCACGACAGGGCAACAACGAUUACGAUUACACUGAUAAGACAUUCAAAGACUUGAAAACAGACAAAUCAGACAAUGUUUACAACCAUCUUAAUGCUACUGGCAACGAGUAUGAUCAUCUGGGCAAAGAGUAAUGCAGCGUUAGGGCGAUGGCAAAUAACUAUAGCAUAACGUCUAAUGUAUUUAGAAAAUAAACACGGCUAUGCAAACUACACUUCCCGGAUGUGUAAAUAGUAUUCAUAAUAUACAUCUUCUUUAUUUGUUUUGAUUUGCAUUUCUAUGUUGAAAGGUAAACCGCUCAUUGCAUAGAACGAAAUGUUGAACAUUGUGUGUAUACAGUCAUUUCAUGUAAUUCGUAUAUGAUGCUGUUGUUUAUGUAUGAAUCAUGGGACUUGAUUAUUGCAUCCCUUAUUUUUGUUCGUAUCUGUAUAUUUUACACGUUUUUAAUGUAUACUCGGGAAAUAAAUGAUACAUGUCAUGGA